AUGUUUUCACAAGCUUCUUCACCCGCUUUAGAAGAUUUGAAAAAGAAAAACUUGAAGCUAGAAAAGUCCUAUUUUGAAAUUUUACGCAAAGAAGAAAUUUCUGGCUUUACCUUUCUUGAUAUAACUAAAGAGGAUUUUCAAAGUUAUGGCUUAAAAGCUGGUCCCACAAUAACACUAGCAAAAUUUAUUGAAGGUCUCAGCCAGAAGUUACGAAAUUAUUCCUUGCUUAAGACUCUUGAUGACUUGAAAGAAAUAUUAUGUAGAAAUAAGGAAAUUAAUAAUGAAGAUAAGGCCUUCAAUCACUGUAUGAAGGAUAUAAUCUUAAAAUUUUCAAAUGUGGAAACUAUGACUGAUGUCAACAAGAAAAAUAUAUCUGGUGAGGAUGCAACAGGCAGAGUAGACUAUGUAAUCAAAAGUCUAGAAGACCUCCUAUGUAUCACCAAAGGAAAGCCUCGUAAUAUUAAAAUCAGAUAUGUGCAGAAUCUGGCACAACUUAAAAGUGCAUUCCAGACCAAUAAAAAGAAGUGGACUGUGAAUGAUCAAGCAUUUGGAAAUGACUAUUUUGAUUAUAUAUAUGGUAUUGUGACUACAGGCACAGAGUGA